GCGAGCACUGUGACAAACAAGAACCGCCACUCGCGCACACUCACACGCACGAGCACUCGCUCUCUCUUUGAAGCACCUUUUUUCUAUUUUCGGAUCUCUUUCUUCUUAUAGCCUGAUACAUAUAAUUCCCAAAUUAAAGCCAUUCUCCUCAGAAAUAUAUAUAUAUAUAUAUAGUCGUUCUAAGUACUUCUCUAUCCUUACUGCUUUAUCCUUAUUCCGUAAUUUCCAUUUUGACUAAUUUAUUGACUCUGAUUCUUCCCAGUCCCGUCUUUUUCAAAAAAGCUUCAAACUUCAUUUCUUUUUUUUUUUUUUUUUUUUUUGCUCUGAUUAAUCAGAGAGUUUGAUGAGGUAGAAAUCAUAUUCAUAAUUCAAGUCGGGAAAAAAAUACCAACUUUUUGGGAUACAAAGAGUGUGGAUAAUCAGAGAUAUGGGUUCGUUGAAGGGCGAUGAGGAAGUGGAACAAUUUGGAGAAGAAUCAAAAGAGGCAAUUCUUUAUGUGAAUGGAGUUCGAAAAGUUUUGCCUGAUGGGUUGGCUCACUUGACCCUUUUGGAGUACCUCAGAGAUAUAGGCUUGACGGGGACAAAACUUGGCUGUGGUGAAGGUGGUUGUGGAGCUUGCACUGUUAUGGUUUCUCAUUAUGACAAAAAAUUGAAGAAAUGUCUGCACUAUGCUGUCAAUGCAUGCUUAGCUCCUCUAUAUUCUGUAGAAGGGAUGCAUAUAAUUUCAGUGGAAGGGGUAGGAAGCCGCAAACAUGGCUUGCACCCAGUUCAAGAAUCGUUGGCACGUGCUCAUGGCUCACAGUGUGGAUUCUGUACCCCUGGUUUUAUCAUGUCUAUGUAUGCGUUAUUAAGGUCAAGCCAAUCACCACCUAGUGAAGAGCAGAUUGAAGAAUGCCUUGCAGGAAACCUGUGUCGAUGCACAGGUUAUAGACCAAUUAUUGAUGCAUUUCGGGUCUUUGCCAAAACAAAUAAUUUACUAUAUACUGAUAUGUCUUUGCUAAGCCUUCAAGAUGGUGAUUUUAUCUGCCCUUCUACUGGUAAGCCCUGCUCUUGUGGAUCAAAAACGGAAAGCAACAAUACAUCCACUACUGGGAGAGGUAUCACUUGUAUUGAACCUGCCUCUUAUAGUGAGAUAGAUGGAAGCACAUACACAGACAAGGAGCUCAUUUUCCCUCCUGAACUUGUGUUGCGGAAAUCAAAUUCUUUGAAUUUGAGUGGACAUGGUGGGCUCAAGUGGUUUCGGCCUUUAAGACUUAAACAUGUGCUGGAGUUAAAAGAAAAAUACCCAGAUGCUAAGUUGCUGGUAGGUAAUACUGAAGUAGGAAUUGAGACAAGGCUGAAGAGAAUUCAGUAUCAGGUUUUCAUCUCUGUUACGCAUGUCCCUGAACUAAACAUUUUGAAUGUAAAGGAUGGUGGCAUAGAGAUAGGUGCAGCUGUAAGACUAUCUGAACUCUUGAAAUUUUUUAGAGAAGUCAUAACAGAGCGAGCUGCAUGUGAAAGUUCAUCUUGUAAGGCCUUCAUUGAACAGUUAAAAUGGUUUGCUGGGACACAGAUUAGAAAUGUUGCUUCUGUGGGUGGGAAUGUAUGUACUGCUAGCCCAAUAUCAGACUUGAACCCUCUUUGGAUGGCUUCUAGAGCAAGGUUUCGAAUUAUUAAUGGCAAAGGUAAUAUUAGAACAACCCUGGCAGAAAAUUUUUUCCUGGGUUAUCGUAAGGUGGAUCUUGCAAGGGAUGAAAUUUUGCUGUCAGUAUUCUUACCAUGGACCAGGCCUUUUGAGUUUGUGAAAGAAUUUAAGCAAGCUCACCGAAGGGAAGAUGAUAUUGCAAUUGUAAAUGCUGGAAUCCGUGUUUAUCUUGAGGAAAGAGAUCAAAGUUGGGUGAUUUCUGAUGCAUCUGUUGUUUAUGGUGGGGUAGCUCCACUUUCUCUUUCUGCUAAAGCAACAAAAGAAUUUCUCAUUGGAAAAAGUUGGAACCAAGAGCUACUGCAAGGCGCUUUGAAUGUCUUGCAGAAGGAUAUACUGCUCAAGGAUGAUGCACCUGGUGGAAUGGUGGAGUUCCGGAAAUCUUUGACUUGUAGCUUUUUCUUCAAAUUCUUUCUAUGGGUUUCUCAUCAAAUGGAUGGAACAAAUAGCAUGAACAGUGUACCAUUAUCCCAUCUCUCUGCCACACAAUCAUUCCACCGACCACCUGUUAUAGGAAGUCAAGACUAUGACAUUAUAAAACAUGGAACAGCUGUCGGGUCUCCUGAGAUUCAUCUCUCAUCAAGACUUCAGGUUACAGGAGAGGCAGAGUAUGCUGAUGAUACUCCAUUGCCUCCAAAUAGUUUGCAUGCUGCUUUAAUAUUGAGCAAAAAACCUCAUGCCCGUAUACUUUCAAUAGAUGAUUCAGGUGCAAAAUCUUCACCUGGGUUUGCAGGUAUAUAUUUAGCUAAGGAUGUGCCAGGUGAUAAUAACAUUGGACCAGUUAUUGCUGAUGAGGAGCUAUUUGCUUCAGAGUUUGUCACUUGUGUUGGUCAGGUGAUUGGACUGGUUGUUGCCGAUAUGCAUGAGAAUGCGAAACUAGCAGCAAGAAGGGUUCAUGUUGAGUAUGAAGAGCUUCCUGCCAUCUUAUCAAUUGAGGAUGCUAUCAAUGCUAAAAGUUUCCAUCCUAACACCGAGAAGAUUUUGAGGAAAGGUGAUGUGGAUCUAUGUUUUCAAUCAGGGCAAUGUUACAAGGUCAUAGAAGGGGAGGUUCAAGUAGGAGGACAGGAACACUUCUACUUGGAGCCACAAAGCAGUGUGGUAUGGACAAUGGAUGGUGGUAGUGAAGUUCACAUGAUUUCUUCCACGCAAGCUCCACAGAAGCACCAGAAAUAUGUGUCUCAUGUUCUUGGUCUUCCAAUGUCAAAAGUUGUAUGUAAAACCAAACGCAUUGGCGGUGGUUUUGGUGGGAAGGAGACAAGAUCUGCUGUCUUUGCUGCUGCAGCUUCUGUCCCAUCGUAUUUGUUGAAUCGGCCAGUUAAACUAACAUUAGACCGUGAUACAGACAUGCUAGUAUCUGGGCAGCGGCACAGCUUUCUUGGGAAGUACAAGGUUGGCUUCACAACUGAUGGAAAAGUGCUGGCUUUGGAUCUUGAAAUCUACAAUAAUGCGGGAAAUUCAUUAGACCUUUCUCCUGCCGUGCUUGAACGUGCUAUGUUCCACUCAGAUAAUGUUUAUGAGAUACCAAAUGUGAGGAUUUUGGGAAGGGCGUGCUUCACUAAUAUCACUAGCAACACUGCUUUUCGAGGAUUUGGUGGUCCUCAAGGUAUGCUUAUUGCAGAAAAUUGGAUUCAGAGAAUUGCUGUUGAACUCAAGAAAAGCCCAGAAGAGAUUAGAGAGAUUAAUUUUCAAGGUGAUGGAUCAAUAUUGCAUUAUGGUCAACAACUUCAACACUGUACACUGACCCAGGUGUGGAAUGAGCUGAAGUUAUCUUGUGAAUUUUCAAAAGCUCGCAAUGAAGUUGACAAAUUCAAUAGUCAAAAUCGGUGGAGGAAGCGUGGUAUUGCAAUGGUUCCUACGAAAUUCGGAAUAUCAUUUACAUUAAAGCUUAUGAACCAGGCAGGUGCUCUUGUUCAUGUCUACACAGAUGGAACUGUUUUAGUUACACAUGGGGGUGUUGAGAUGGGGCAAGGUUUACAUACAAAAGUUGCUCAGGUUGCUGCUUCUGCCUUCAAUGUUCCUCUCAGUUCUGUCUUUAUAUCAGAGACAAGUACCGACAAGGUACCCAAUGCAUCACCAACGGCAGCUUCUGCAAGCUCGGACAUCUAUGGAGCUGCAGUUUUGGAUGCAUGUGAGCAAAUUAAGGCACGUAUGGAGCCCAUUGCAUCACAGCAGAAUUUCGGCUCCUUCACUGAGCUAGCGGGUGCUUGCUAUGCGGCUCGAAUAGACCUUUCUGCUCAUGGAUUUUACAUUACACCUGAAAUUGGCUUUGACUGGGUGACUGGUAAAGGGACCCCAUUCAGGUACUUUACCUAUGGGGCUGCAUUUGCUGAGGUCGAAAUUGAUACAUUGACCGGAGAUUUUCACACGAGGACAGCGAAUCUAUUCAUGGAUCUUGGAUAUUCUCUUAACCCAGCCAUUGAUGUUGGGCAGAUUGAAGGAGCUUUUAUACAAGGUUUGGGCUGGGUAGCCUUGGAAGAACUGAAGUGGGGAGAUGCAGCUCAUAAGUGGGUCCCAUCUGGUCACCUAUACACAUGUGGGCCUGGAAGUUACAAAAUUCCUUCUAUAAAUGAUGUUCCAUUCAAAUUCAAUGUCUCACUUCUCAAGGGGCAUCCUAAUGUGAAGGCCAUCCAUUCAUCUAAAGCUGUUGGUGAGCCUCCAUUCUUUUUGGCUUCAGCAGUCUUCUUUGCCAUCAAAGAUGCCAUUACAGCAGCAAGAGCAGAAGUGGGAAGAGACGAGUGGUUUCCUCUUGAUAAUCCAGCAACACCUGAACGAAUUCGGAUGGCUUGUGUAGAUGAAUUUACAGAACCAUUUGUUAGUUCGAAUUUCCGGCCAAAGCUUAGCAUUUGAUGGAUGGUUGUUGGUUACUUGGCUUGUCACUUUACCGUGUAUUCUGUGCUUUCAAUGUUGCCGGAGCAGACAAUAUCACAUUGUACGGAAUAUGUUAUUCUAAAACUCAAACUGUAGAGAGAACAUGAGAAAAUAAGCAUGCUCUAGUAUUAGCAUAGCAUGUGAUACGUACACAUGGAAUAAAAUCACAAGAGCAUAUUGUUAUCCAUAAGGAUA